GCCGCCAUGGGGGAGCGGCCGCGGGGCAGCGGCGCCGCCGCCCGGCGCUGAGCGACCGCCGAGCUGGGAGACCGAGGAGCUGCGCUGGGAGGACCCUGUCUGCAGGAUGUUCUCUCCACCAAAGAACUCCGUGUGACCAGCGACGAUGACAGUCCCGGCAGGACCUUGGGAAGCACUAACAUUUCAGUAGCCCAGCAGCCGUGGACGGCCUCUUCCCCCUCCUUCUCCAGACCCCGCCCUCCCACCGCUCACCGGGAUGGUGUAUUAACCAAGAGGAACCCUGCUUCUUUCCUCCUCACCCUUCCAUUUUCGGCAGCUCUGGGAUUUGUAUGGCAGCAGCGUAACCGUGGAGAGGCCGGGGUAUCACAAACUUAUGGAUUUUGAUAAGAGAGGAGGGAAAGGGGAGCUGGAGGAAGGUAAAAGGAUGUCCAAGACAGGUGGAGGAAGGAGUGGUCAUGGAGGCCGAGGUGCUGGAACCAACUCGGGAGUCUUAAUGGUGGGUCCCAACUUCCGUGUCGGCAAGAAGAUUGGAUGCGGCAAUUUCGGGGAGCUCCGCCUAGGGAAGAAUCUCUACACAAACGAAUACGUAGCUAUCAAAUUGGAACCCAUAAAAUCCCGGGCCCCCCAGCUGCACCUGGAGUAUCGGUUCUACAAACAGCUGGGCAAUGCAGAAGGAAUUCCUCAGGUUUACUACUUUGGCCCCUGUGGGAAGUACAACGCCAUGGUGUUGGAGCUGCUGGGACCCAGCCUGGAAGAUCUCUUCGAUCUGUGUGAUCGGACCUUCACGCUCAAGACCGUCCUGAUGAUCGCGAUCCAGCUGAUCACACGGAUGGAGUAUGUCCACACCAAAAGCCUGAUCUACAGAGACGUCAAGCCCGAGAACUUCCUGGUGGGGCGGCCGGGCAGCAAGCGGCAGCACACCAUCCACAUCAUCGAUUUCGGCCUGGCCAAAGAGUAUAUUGACCCCGAGACCAAAAAACACAUCCCCUACCGAGAGCACAAGAGCCUGACAGGGACAGCGCGUUACAUGAGCAUCAACACCCACCUGGGGAAAGAACAAAGCCGCAGGGACGACCUGGAAGCAUUAGGGCACAUGUUUAUGUACUUCCUCCGUGGAAGCCUUCCUUGGCAAGGCCUCAAGGCCGACACACUGAAGGAGAGGUACCAGAAGAUUGGUGACACCAAAAGAGCCACCCCGGUGGAGGUGCUCUGUGAGAACUUCCCAGAGGAGAUGGCCACGUACCUGCGCUACGUGCGGCGGCUGGAUUUCUUCGAGAAGCCCGACUACGACUACCUGAGGAAGCUCUUCACAGACUUGUUCGAGAGGAACGGUUACGUGUUCGACUACGAAUACGACUGGGCAGGGAAACCCCUGCCCACCCCCAUUGGCACGAUGCACAGCGAGGUGCAGGUGCAGCCCCCGAACAGAGACAAAGCACAGCCACACACCAAACACCAGCCGCCCGAGGGGACGGAGUUGUGGGAUCCUCAGGCCGGUGGGCAGCCUGCCGAGGAGCCUUUGGGAGCUCACCUGGCAGCCGGCAGGCUCGGGGGGUCCGUCCAGGUGAUGAGCUCCACCAACGGAGAGCUGAACACAGACGACCCGACGGCAGGACAUUCGAACGCCCCCAUCACAGCCCCCACCGAGGUGGAGGUGACAGACGAUACAAAGUGCUGCUGUUUCUUCAAGAGAAGGAAGAGGAAAACCACCAAGCGUCGCAAGUGAGCUGCCGGGGCCGGGCGGAGCGGCGAGCGCUGGCUCCUCUCCCUCUGGCCGUGGCUGGAUCUUGACCCGCGGAGCCAACGGCCCCUCGGGCUGGACGGGGACGGGGGGGCCGGGCCGGACGGGCUCCCCCAGCGCCCCACGCGCAGAUGGGGAGCGGGGCCUCCCCAAACUGCUUGUCCUUUCCUCCGCCACUCGUGGCCGUUUACUCGAACCAAGCCCGACUUCGCUGAAGUUCCUGCGUCCGUCAAACAGAAAAAAAAAGAAAGAGAAAAACCCACGGCGUCACUUGCGUUGAGUUUAUAACCGGUCUGAAAUGGGGAUCAACUACAGACUCUGACCCGUCGCUGUCAGAAGAAGACGAAGACAAUUUCGAGAGCAGUGGGCUAAGGAGGAAUAUUUUUUUUUUUUUUCUGUUGCUUCUUUGUCUCUUAAGUUAAUUUAAAGUGAGUCUCGGUGCA